AUGGACGACGCGUUGGUUUCGCUCCCACCGCUCGCCCUCGCCGACAUGGCGCCAAAGGGACGAGCCAACGAGGCUCAGCAGACCCUCUCGUCCUUCUUCAAACCCGCCCCGACUGCCAAGAAGCGGCCCAGCGCCCUCGUUGACGGCGUUCUCCUCCUCUCCGACUCGGACGACGACGACGACCAGGGCGACACCGCCCGCCAGCGCUCCAGUGCGCCCGACAGCUCGUCCAGCACCGCCAAGCGGGUCAAGACCGAGCACUCGACCGCCGACUCGCAGCUGCAGCCCAUCGCCUCGACCAGCUCCCUCCCCACCGCCGCACCCUCGGCCGCCACCCAGCGCCUUGCCGCCUUCGCCUACUCGCACGACGCCGCCAGACAGGCGCCCCGCACCCUCACCCCCGCCGACCAGAACCGCCGCGACGAGUUCGCCAAGCGCCUCGCCCUCGGACCCGACCUCCUGCGCAAGUCGCGCUCGAGCUACCUCGAGAAGGACCACUACCUCGCCGCGCACGGCGACGACGACGGCCAGGGUGCGUCGGCGGGCGGAGGCGGCGCGAGCGGCAGCGACGACGGCUCGAGCAGGACCAAGGGCAAGGGCAAGGGUCGGGCCGACCACGAUGACGACGACGACGACGACGGCUCGGCGUCGCCGUUCGCUCAUUUUGCGGCCAAGGGCUCGACGUCAACCGCGGGCGCCAAGAAGGACACCGCCUCGUCGGGCAAGAUCAAGUUCCGCUUCUUCGGCGAGGACGCCCAGGCCGCCUCGCGCGUCCUCAACAUCGCCUGCUUCCCGUCGCAGCACAUGCUCACGGCCUCGAUCCCGACCCACCGCCUCGACUUUCACGUGCGGCGCCUCCUCAACGCGGGCCGCAAGGUCGGCGUCGUCCGUCAGCAAGAGACUGCUGCGCUCAAGAAGGCGUCCGACAACCGCUCGGCCCCGUUCACGCGCGCCCUGAGCGCGCUCUACACGUCGGCGACCUACGUCGACGAGCUCGGCGCCGACUCGCUCUCGAUCCAGGGCGACGGCGAGACGGCGACGCUCAUGUGCAUCGUCGAGGACGCGCCCAAGGGCGGCAAGCAGGGCGCCGACGCCAAGAUCCGCAUCGGCAUUGUCGCCGUUGUCCCAAGCACGGGCACGGUCGUCUACGACGAGUUCGACGACACGCUCAUGCGCGCCGAGCUCGAGACGCGCAUGCUGCACCUGCAGCCGUCCGAGCUGCUGCUCCAGAAGGAGCUCAGCGGCAAGACCGAGUCGAUGGUCAAGUACCUCGCGAGGCAGUACGCCGCCGGCAAGGACGACUUUAGCGCUCGCGUGGACCGCAUCUCGAAGCGCCCGACUGCAGCUCAGGCGACGAGCGCGAUCGCGUCGUUCUACGCCAAGAAGGCGACCAAGGGCGACAAGGGCGACAAGAAGGGCAAGGGCAAGGCGGUCCAGCACGAGCCGAGCGAGAUCGUGCUUUCGUCCGACGACGACGACGACGACGACCAUGAGCCACGCCAGCCGUCGAUGACGCCUGGACCAGACGGACGUCCCGCCGCCGUCCUCGACCUGCCCAAGCUCGUCCUCGUCGCGCUCGCGUCGCUCAUCUCGCACCUCGAGCCGUUCGGCCUGUCGCGCAUCCUUAAGCACGCGUCGUCGUUCGCGCCGUUCGCGUCGCGCGCCGCCAUGACGCUCAACGGCAACACGGUCGCCAACCUCGAGCUCCUGCGCAACUCGACCGACUUUCGCGAGCAGGGCAGCCUCGUGAGCGUGCUCGACCGGUGCAGGACGGCCAUGGGCAAGCGCCUCUUGCGUCGCUGGGUCACCAAGCCGCUCCUCUCGCUCGACCUCAUCACGGAGCGCCACGAUGCCCUCACCGCCAUCCACACGUCGUCGGCGUCGCUCACCCUGUCCAAGCUGCGCGACCUCCUGCGCACGCUCCCCGACCUCGAGCGCGGCCUGUCGCGCAUCCACCUCGGGCGCGCCAAGCCGCAGGAGCUCCUGCGCGUCCUCGAGUCGUUCGUCCGCACCGGCAGGGUCUUUGAGGAGCUCGAGAGCGAGGAGGCGGGCGAGGACGAGGACGGCGCCGGCCGCGGCCGGAUCAAGAGCGCGCUCCUCAAGCGCAUUGUCGAGGACUUGCCGCGCGUCAAGGACACGGCCGAGGCGCUCGUCGGCGAGCUCGAGCUCAAGGCGGCGCGCGACGGCAACAAGGAGGCGCUGUUCGCCGACGAGGACAAGUACCCGGACCUCAAGGAGUGCAAGGACGGUCUCGCGCGCACGAUGGAGGCGAUGCAGGACGAGCUCAAGUCGGCGCGCAAGAUCCUGCGCAAGCCGGCUCUGCAGUUCACCAAGGUGUCGCAGGAGGAGUAUCUGCUCGAGGUCAAGGUCGCCGAGGCCAAGAGCGUCCCGGCCGACUGGGUGCGCAUCUCGGCGACCAAGCAGGUGCACCGCUACCGGUCGCCGGCGCUGCAGAAGAAGAUCGACAAGCUCGAGCAGUGGAAGGAGAAGAUCGCUGGCGCCGCGAGCGACGCUUUCCUCGCCUUCCUCCAGGAGGUCGCGUCGCACUACGAGCUCUUCCGCCAGACGAUCGUCUCGCUCGCCACCGCCGACUGCCUCUUCAGCCUCGCCCUCGUCGCGCACGAGAACGACUGGGCACGCCCGACGCUCGUCACCGAGGCGGGCAAGGUCGAGCUCAAGGGCGCACGUCACCCGAUCAUCGAGGCCAUCUCGCACGAGGUGUUCGUCCCGAACGACGUCGAGUUUGGCCAGGGCAAGCGGCGCCACAUGCUCCUCACGGGCCUCAACAUGGGCGGCAAGUCGUCGCUGUCGCGCAGCAUCGCCCUCAUCGCGCUCCUCUCCCAGAUGGGCUCGUUCGUCCCCGCCGCGUCGGCGACGCUCUCGCUCUUCGACGGCAUCUUCACCCGCAUGGGCGCUUCGGACGACCUCGCCCGCGGCCGUUCGACUUUCAUGGUCGAGCUGAGCGAGACGUCGGCCAUCCUGCGCGCGGCGACGCCCCGGUCGCUCCUCAUCCUCGACGAGCUCGGGCGCGGCACGUCGACGCACGACGGGCUCGCCAUCGCGCACGCCGUCCUCGAGCACCUCGUGCGCGCCGUCGAGUGCACGACCGUCUUUGUGACGCACUACCCGGCGCUCGGCGUGCUCGCGCGCCGGUUCCCGGGCCAGGUGACGGCCGAGCACAUGGCGUGCCGCGAGGAGGAGGCGCACGACGGCGAGCCGCCGAGGAUCACGUUCCUGUACAAGCUCGUCGACGGCCUCGCGAGCGCGAGCCACGGGCUCAACGUCGCGCGCCUCGCCGAGAUCCCCGAGCAGGUCGUGCAGAGGGCCAAGGACAAGGGCCUCGAGAUGGAGCGCGUCGAGAGGGAGCGCACGGCGAGGAGGAGGGAGAGGAGGCUCGCCGAGGUGCUGCGCCGUGUCGACGGGCUCACUCGAGGCGGCGAGGCGCAGAAGGCGGGACGCGAGGUGAUCGAGCUGUGCGAGGUGGCGCUUGCCAAGUAGCUCUCGUCUGUAGAGCUCUCUCUCGAGGAGGUCGCGCUUGCAACGAGAACGAGGAGACGUCGCUUUCACACCC